AUGCCUUGGAGAACAAUAAACAACCACAUUGAUUGUGGCGUGUUCAAAAUGCGUCACAUGGAAACGUACAUGGGUGGAAGUAUGAAUGAGUUUAAAGUUGGGUUCAAGAACGAGUCUUCUGCACAAGAUGAUCAACUAGCUAAGUUAAGGACAAAAUAUGUAUAUAAAAUGAUCAAUCAUGAAUAUAAUGUGCAUAAGGAUGCUGUGCUUCAAAAGGUUGAUCAAUUCCACAAGAUUCCUUCAAGACAACGCACUGAAAUGUUAAGUAUUGCAAAGGAACAAAUUCACAAAAGAUUCGAUGAUUUUAGUUAA